GUGUGUGGGAUUAGCGGCUCUCUCCGCCAGCCCGAGCCCCAGGAUGUCCCGCUCCGAUGAGGUGCACCGGCUCACCGAGAAUGUCUACCGGACAAUUAUGGAACAGUUUAACCCAUGCCUUCGGAACUUCAUCACCAUGGGGAAGAACUAUGAGAAAGCCUUGGCAAGUGUAACGUUUGCAGCAAAAGGCUACUUUGAUGCUCUGGUAAAAAUGGGAGAAUUGGCCAGUGAAAGCCAAGGCUCUAAAGAACUUGGGGAUGUACUCUUCCAGAUGGCCGAAGUUCACCGACAGAUCCAGAACCAGUUAGAAGAUAUGCUGAAGUCCUUCCAUAAUGAAUUACUUACCCAGCUCGAGCAGAAGGUUGAGCUAGAUGCCAGGUAUCUGAGUGCUGCACUGAAAAAGUAUCAAGUUGAGCAGAAAAACAAAGGAGAUGCGCUGGAAAAAUGCCAAGGAGAACUGAAAAAGCUCCGGAAAAAGAGCCAAGGGAGCAAGAAUCCCCAGAAAUAUUCAGACAAGGAAAUGCAGUAUAUUGAAGCAAUCAGUAACAAGCAAAGUGAGCUGGAGAGCUUUGUCUCUGAUGGGUACAAAACCGCGCUGACCGAAGAGAGGCGGAGAUACUGUUUCCUGGUAGAGAAACAGUGCGCCGUAGCAAAGAACUCCAUUGCCUACCACAACAAGGGCAAAGAUAUUCUCAACCAGAAGAUCCCGUCAUGGCAACAGUCAUGCGCGGAUCCCAACAAAAUCCCAGAGCGAGCCCUUCAAAUUAUGCAGCAGAUGGCUUUAGGCAGCAACGGUACCAUCAUGUCUGGACCUCUUUCUGGUCCUCUGACCACGUCAAAAUCCAGUCUGUCUAUUUCUGACCCAAUACCAGGUGCCAAGCCUCUGCCUGUACCCCCCGAACUGGCUCCAUUUGUUGGUCGAAUGUCUGCUCAGGAAGGUACCCCUAUAAUGAAUGGAGUGUCCGGGCCACCUAGCAACAGUUAUGAGCACUGGGGAGAUAUGAAACCGAUUCAGCCCAAAGUAUCACCAUCACAGCCACACAAGCAAAUCAGUGAUUCCUAUUCCAACACCCUUCCUGCCCGUAAGAGUGUCCCACCCAAGAACAGCUACACCGUUGCAGAGAACAAGACACUGCCUCGCUCCAGCUCCAUGGCAGCCGGACUAGAGAGGAAUGGCAGGACGCGAGUCCAAGCGAUCUUCUCCCAUGCUGCUGGUGACAACACUACUUUGUUGAGCUUCAAAGAUGGAGACUUUAUCACCUUGCUUGUUCCGGAGGCCAGAGAUGGAUGGCAUUAUGGAGAGAGUGAAAAGACAAAACUGAGGGGAUGGUUCCCGUUUUCCUACACGCGGGUGUUAGAACGUGGUGGAGAUGCUGGGGGCCGCUCACAGAUGAGCAGUUUACAACCAGGGAAGAGCAGCAGCACUGGGAAUCUAUUGGACAAGGAUGACCUAUCCAUGCCUCCUCCAGACUACAACAUGGCUGCCCGCGGCUUCCCUCCACAACCAGUUGGCUCCUUCAAGCCCAGACCUUACAGCGUGGCUGCUCCAGCUUUCUCACAGGGUUUAGAAGAUUACGGAGCAUCACGUUCAGCAAACAGCGGAAAUGGCACAAUGAUAUCUACUGUGUGAGGAGAGGAUCUGCUGCGUUCAACACCUUACUCCUCUCUCUUUGUUCUUUCUUUAUUUUCUCUAUUUUCUGGGAUUCGCACCUUUUUAUUUUUUUAUUUUUAUGUUACUCUUUUCUUUUUAUGUAUGAUCGUCCUCUCAUGCUUGGUUGGAAGCACUGUAAUCUCUUUUCAGACAAUGACUGGAGGGGGGUCCUCGCAUGGCAUGGGUUUGCCAAUCAUAGUGCUUCAUUUCAUUCCUCCCCCAGCCCCCCCUCUCCUUUCUGACGCUUUCUCAUGGUUUUGCCUCUUCUUGGUAAGAUGUAUUUUUUUUUUCAGAGCAGAAAUUGCCAAAAAGGUGUGUCUGUAAUUACUGAACAUAGUAAGCAGUUUUCUAACUGUGGCUUUUUAUACAAGUUUUUAAAGAAUGUGUUGGCAACUUUUUUCCCCCUCUCUCUUUUGAGGUGGAUGGUUGGAUGGGUUGAUCUUAAUUAAAGGACUUCAAAGAGGAGCUGUUCAGUCCUGGUAAAAAGACCAUGUAGGUGUUACGGUUUAAAGGGACUGUUACAGAAGUCAUGUUUUCUAUUCCUCGGCUACAAACCAUUUGUUUCAACCCCUGCUUCUAAUCUUAGCCAUAAAUGGUCUGCAAACCUGUACACUCCUGCUUGCAGCCCUGUUAUUGACAAUGGAAGCAGAGGAGGCGAUAAGGGUGACAUACAGGAAGGUGGCCAUCCUGUGCAAGAUUCUGCAUGUUGUAUUAUUUAAGGAGGGUUUCAUUAAAUGUGCUCAUCUCUUCAUUGUGAAUUCUGAGUUUUGUUACAUCUUCUUUUAAUGUAACAGGGUUGAGCAAUCAAUUCUCUAAAGGGCUGCUAAAUUGACCAAGUUGGAAUUAAAAGGGAUUCACACAUAAUGGUGUUUACAGUGUGGUCGUAUAUGUGUUUUACACCCCCAGUUGGGAUCCACAAUGCAAUCUCCUCCAUUCAUUCUUUGGUGAGUUCCCACCGGUGGGUAAAAACACACAUUUGUCUAGUCCCAGAUAAAUUGUUUACCAUAGCAUCACGUCCUUCCCCAGUGUAAUACACAUACAAUCCGUUUCACAUUAAAAAGAGUCAAAUAAUUGUAUUACAGUUUAUAAAAGAAGGAUGUAUUACAGAGCUGUGAUGCUAAAUCAAUUUACCCAAUUUGGGAGUUCAUGAAAAGAAUACGAAACAUUGACUGAUUCCUUUGUUUUAGAUCACAAUCUCUAUGUACGGAGACACUUUCUUUCAUAAUAUCCAAUAUACAAGUCUUUAUUUGUUGACCAUGAUAGGCAACAUAAAUGGCAGGCAUCCCUGCAGUGGGGGUUAAUUUUAUCUCCGUAGCUUACCCAAUCGAAUUUCUGGAAAAUACUACUAAUGGAGCAGUCCGCAGCAGGGCCUGUGUGUCUUUUACAUCACACUGUAGGCACUGUAAUGUCUUCAACGGAUUGAAUUGGUUAUGGUGCCUUGAGUCUGUCGUUUCACAGUUUAGCAGAGAUGUUAGUUCCUGGCAAACUGCAGCCUGGUCUCCAAUGAUAAUUCGAUGGAGGUAAAGCUAUAAUUCAGGCUCGCUCCAUACCAAUUCAUACCAGGGUUGAGGCAAUG